UAGGCACGGUAGAUGACCCGGUCCCCUCAAACGGGUCGUGACUCACACAGAAGUCUCUCUCUCUCCCUCCUUUCUAUGAAAGCUCAUCAGAGUCUCAAGAAUCUCAUCGUCGUCCCCGUUGAUCGGCGUUGACAGAGCAAUCUCCCGGGAGGAGAGCUCUGAUUGCUUACUUUAAUCUUGAAGGAUGGCAAAUGACACACAAUCUACUUGCAAAAGUAAGGACGAUGAGAGUAAUAGUUCAAAAAAGAAGCCUGUUAUUGGCAAAAGAUCCUCUACUCCGGGCUCUGCAGUGGUGGAUACCUCUGGUUUAAGAAGGUCAACUAGGGAGACACCAUCACGGAAACAAAUAAGCUCAAGCCCGUCAACUACAAGGAAGUCUGAGCGUAUUGAGAAAAGGACGCCAACAGCAACUCCACUUAAGAGGAAACUUGAAAUAGUUGAGAAAAAGAGGAUGCCUAGUCCUUUGAGGAGGUCUGAUAGGGGUAAGAAACACCUGUCAUGGAGUUCUUCGGGUUCCAAGAAGUCUGAGAAGGGGUCUGCUUCAUCAGAUGUUAAAAGGAAAAAGUUACAAAGAGAGAAGAGUGUGAAACAGUUGACACUAGGAGCGAGGGAAAUGAGCAGAAGAGAGAAACGAGAUCCAAAGCCUGUUGGUGUGAAUAAGAAGAGAAUGGAUGCUCGUACUUAUAAGUCUUUGUUUAAGCACCGACGAAGAAGAGAUAUUGCACCAGAUUUCGAUGUGGAGAUGGAAAAGCAAGACAGAUUGUCUCAAGUUGACAGCAGUGAUUGCGAAGGCAGUGUUUCCAAGCAAGUGGACGACAAAGAGGAUGGGGGUGAUGAGUGCAGUGAGAGCAUGGGAAAGCUAUUGAGAGAAGGCGGCAUUGAGGAAGCUUGUGAAGGAGGUGCGGAAGGGUCUCAUCCGAGGUUAAAUAUUGUUGAUGCAGAAGCAUUAGGAAACCAUGGUGAAGUAGCAUUGUCAUGCUCAAGCCAGAAGCAUAGUUCUAUGGAGGAACCUCAUGAGCCUUCAGAAGGAAACGAUUUGUAUGCUUCCAAGAAUGGUGCAGGAGUCGAAGAAACUCUUGAUGAUGCCAAAAUGGUGCAGGUGUAUUGCUCUGCUGUGGAGAAGUUGCGAACUCCGGAGUUGGCAGGUUUGGCUGGUAUGGGAAGAUCACUUGAUGGUGUUAUUGAUGAGCAAACUGGUGACAGAGUGGCAUCUAAAAGAAAGAGGCAUACAGUGGAGAUGGAUUGUAAAGCUUCAACAUCUGCAAAUAAAGCUAAUUGCAAAUCUAAUGCGGAUGCUGUUUCUCUGCCAUCAUCUGAGUGCAAAAGUGACGAUUUUGAUGGAACAUGUGUCACAUGUUCCAAAAGGCUAAGGGUGGAUUAUGAUUCAUCAAUGCAAGAGCUUUGCUUUUGCAACCAAGCAAUAAACAAGGAUCUAUGUGGCACUUCUAUUGCUAAGGAUAGGGGGGAACCUGAAGCCUUUGUUCGUGGAUCGAUUGACAAAAAUGAUGGCACUGCACAUCGGAAGAAGUCUCUUUUAGAUGCUCAAAUUGAUGGUCACAAGAAUAUAUGUGUCAUUUGCAAGCUUGGUGGAAAGCUCCUGUGCUGUGAUGGAAAGGGUUGCAGUAGAAGCUAUCAUCUGCAGUGUUUAGAUCCACCUCUGGAUGACGUCCCACCUGGAGAUUGGCACUGCUCCUCAUGUGUAAAGAAGAAGAUAGAAUCGGGUGUCUAUUCAGUGUCUGAAGGAGUAGAGUCAAUUUGGGAUGCUAGAGAAGUAGAGGUGCAAGAUAUUGAAGGAUUGCAAAAACAGAAGCAGUAUUUUGUUAAAUAUAAAGGUCUUGCUCAUUUCCACAACCAUUGGGUACCAGAAACUCAAUUGCUUCUUGAAGCACCAUUGCUUGUUUCAAAAUUUAAUCGAAAGAAUCAGGUCAAGGUCAUGAAUUGGAGGGAAGAGUGGAGAGUGCCACAUCGUUUUCUGAAGAAAAGGUUGCUAACAUCUCCCAAGCAGCAAGAUGACCAUCACAGUGAGCAUGCUGGUGAUUCUUCCAAUUGUCAUAAUGAAUGGCUUGUUAAAUGGUGUGGCCUCGAUUAUGAACAUGCUACAUGGGAGUUGGAGAAUGCUUCUUUUCUACAUUCGCCUCAAGCCCAGAACCUAAUUAGAGAGUAUGAAAAUCGUCAUCAGAGGGCAAAGGAAGCUGCUUCUUUCGCUAUAUUAGACAAGACGAAGAAAAGAUCCCUUUCCAAACUAUCGAAGCUGCCGGCUGGAGUCCCAAAUGGAAAUUGUAAUCGCCUAAGUGCUGUUAGCAAGCUACAUGAGUAUUGGCUCAAUGGCCAGAAUGCUGUCGUUAUCGAUGACCAGGAGCGAGUAAUAGAGGUGAUCUUAUUUAUUCUAUCAUUGGUGUCUGAUGUUAGUCAGCCUUUCCUCAUCAUCACAAAUUCAUGUGCUCUUUCUUUAUGGGAAGCUGAGUUCUCGCGUUUGUCAUCAUCUACCAACGUUGUAGUUUACAGUGGAAACAAAGAUAGUAGAAGAAUUAUCAGGACUUUUGAGUUUUAUGAGGAAGGGGGUUGCAUAAUGUUCCAAGUACUUUUAUCGACUGUGGAAGCUAUUGUCGAGGAUUUAGAAGUGAUAAAUUGCUUUAGAUGGGAAGGAAUUAUAGUUGAUGAAUGCCAGCACACUGGGAUUUCUAAACAUUUUGGACAAAUUAAAAUGUUAACUACAGAAAUUAGGGUUCUCCUUUACAAUGGUCGAGUAAAGGAUGGUAUAGCUGAGCACCUUAAUCUACUGUCGUUGCUUGAUUCUCCCAGUGAUUCGGAUUCAAACAAUGGCCUCCAAACUGAUUUGAAUGAUAAUCUUGAUAAAUUAAGGGAGAGGUUGAAACGGUUUGUUGCAUAUAGGUGCAACCCAGAGUCUCCUAAAUUUAUUGAGUAUUGGGUUCCCGUUCUGCUAUCCAAUGAGCAACUUGAGCAGUAUUGUGCUACUCUGUUCUCAAAUUCUUCGUCUCUUCGCUCAUGUUUGAAGAAUGAUCCUGUUGGGGCCCUUCGUGAUAUUCUUAUUUCUACACGGAAGUGCUGUGAUCACCCCUACAUUGCUGAUCCAUUAUUGCGAGGCGUCUUAGCUAAAGGUCUUUCUGAGGUCGAGUUUAUGGAUGUGGGAAUAAAAGCAAGUGGCAAGUUACGACUUCUUGAUACAAUACUCUCAGAGAUUAAAAAUCGAGGAGUAAGAGUAGUAAUCCUUUUUCAGUUGAUUAGUGGUUCUGGAAGGGAUUCUAUUGGAGAUAUAUUGGAAGAUUUUAUAAGACAGAGAUUUGGUAAAGACUCUUAUGAACGUGUUGACCACGGAGGUGUUCUCCUGUCUAAGAAGCAUGCUGCCAUGAACAAGUUCAAUGACAAGGGUAGUGAGAGAUUUGUGUUUUUAUUAGAAAAUCGUGCUUGCCUUCCAAGCAUCAAGUUGUCAUCUGUGGAUGCCAUAGUCAUAUUUGAUAGUGAUGUGAACCCAACAAAUGAUUUAAGAGCACUACACAAAAUAUCAAUUGUUUCAUCUUCUGAACCGAUUAAAAUAUUCCGUUUAUACUCAUGUUGUACCGUGGAAGAAAAACUUCUAGAUCUUGCAACACAUGAUGUUACUCUUGAUAGCAAUCUGCAAAGCAUAAGCCGGAGUACUAGUCACAUGCUGCUCAUGUGGGGGGCUUCAUAUUUAUUCAACAAAUUGGAAGAGUUCCAGGAUAGUAAUACCUCAACUACAGGAGCAAAUGCGUCUUCCGAAUCACUUGUCAAAGACGUUGCAAAGGAGUUCUUGGCUUUAGUUUGUCAGCAUUGUGAAAGUACAUAUACAAACAACUCUCGUAUAAUAAAAGUUCGAUACGGUGGGACAGCAUACAGUAAAAAUGGUUCAUUGCUUGGUGAGUCAUUGCUUGGGGAGCUAAAAACUCAGUUGACAGGUGGAGAGCCCCAUGUCUUUUGGGCAAAGCUGUUGGAGGGAAGGUGUCCUCAGUGGAGAUAUUCAUCUGGGCAAUCACAGAGGAACAGGAAAAGAGUCCACUAUUUCAAUGACUCUCCAAAGAAACCGGAGGUCAAAACUGAUGAACUUGGAAAGAAACGCAAGAAGGUGGUGAACAAUAGUGCUGAUCCAGCGUCUCUAAGCCCCAGAUUAAAAGAAGGUGAACUUCUAAGGAAUAAGGGAGGAGGUUCUGAAGUUGCAGCUGAUAAUGGUUCUCAAUUUCUGCCUAGGUCAACUGCUUGUGUAACGCGCACAGUGUGUACAAACAACCAUGCUUCCACCUCUCCAUUUCCCCCUAAUGUUGUCUCAUCGUUAUCUAAAGUUCAAAUGGUUGAGUCUGAGGAAGGAAUAAGAUUGCAUGACGUACAGCAAAAACUUAAUGUUCUUCUGAAACUCGAGAUUUCCAAACUCUGUGAAAUUCUACAACUUUCAGAAGAUGUCAAGGAUAUGGUUGGCAAGUUUCUUGAAUAUGUUGUUAGUAAUCAUCAUGUCAAUAGGGAACCAGCAACCAUAUUGCAGGCUUUCCAGAUAUCUCUGUGUUGGAUUGCUGCGUCAUUGCUGAAACACAAAGUUGAUAAGAAGGAAUCACUUGCAUUAGCAAGGCAACACUUGAAUUUUGGCUGCACAGAUGAAGAGGCAAACAAUGUGCAUUCAAAGUUGCGGUUGCUGAAGAAAAUGUUCUUACGCCAUGUGGAUAAUUUCAAGGAAUUAGAGUCUCCAAAAGAUUCCAUAUCAGCAACUGAGGAUAUUAUGAAAGAGCUGCCAGAUGCAAGAAUGUCACAAUCUGUAGCACCCAGUCAGCAACAUGUAAAAGUUGAGACUGAAGAACGAUCGGAGAACUGUGAACUUGCCGAGGACAGGCUCCUCUCACAGAAAAAACAUGGAGCAAAACAUAAAUUAGAGAAGAAAGAAUUAUCAAAAAGUAUGAAGCGCAUGCAGAAAAAGUGUGAUAAGCGGAUGAUAAAGCUCAAUCAAAAGCAACACGAGGAAAUUCAGGAGUUCUAUAGAAUUUUCGAGGAGGAGAAUAUACAACUACAGAAAGAGCACAAGUUGGAGACAGCUCUUGUUCGCUCAAUACACAGUAAUAUUGCAGUUAGAUUAGAUAAGCUGAAGAGAUUAGAUGAUGAAUUUAUGAAGAAAAUGGAAGAACGCAAGCGCGAGAAAGAUAUACGCCAUAAAGAACUUGAGGCCAAGCAGUUGGCUGAAAGGAAUGAGGAGAGGCAAAAGGCAGUUUGUUUGUUGGAAAAAAUGAAGUCUCGGUUACAAGCUGAAUCAUCAGGUGAAAUGCCUUUGUAUAGAUCUGAAUACGGGGGCACCAGUGAGCAAGUUCACAGUACCGCUGAGAACGUUGCCACUGUGUCUGGAUGCCUUAUAGAAGAACAAAAUCCUAACGAAUUGCAAGAUACUGAAGUGGCUCCAUCUGAUAUGCCUAGGACUGCUGCCAGUGAAGCUGUGGGGUGUGGUGUCACCAAUGAAACUCCGACCAUUGAAUUGCAUCUAAAUCAUGAAACUGAUGCAAUUGAUCCUAUGGCCUCACAUAGAUCGGCUUCAGGAUUUAAGCAGCUCUCCAUCUUGCGCAGUCCUGAGAACAAUGUUGUCGUGAACCCACCUUCUGCAGAACAGAUCCCUGCUGGAGCACCAUCAAGUGUACAGGAAGUCUGUGAAAGUGCUAGGAACAAAUUGGCUAUCCAGGAUGAAUGUUCUCACUCGUCAACAUCUACUGGAAUGCAUGAUGGAGAUGCACCGGCUACCGGCAGUCGGAGUGUUCUGCAGCAAGUCGAAGUUUCAACAUUGCAUCCCACUGAUGACAGAACGACUGAUCAAACUAAUCACAGAACACUUGUGAUUGAGCAGGCCGAGCAACUGCAGCUGUCUGCAUCAACUGAUUCACCUGUUGAUCACAAUCAACCUGAAUCACAUACAGCUUCUGGAGUUCAACUACCUGUAGAAGGCCACAACACUUCCCAAAGUGUGGAGGCUGCACAACAAUUUGAAGGCCCAGCAGUACCUUCAAAUCGAGCAGUUAUGCAACCUGGGGCAAAUCUGGCAACACUUCUUCCGCUGCAUGCUAUAGAUGUACCUCCACACCAGAAUCAGCCUGAUUUGCAUUUAGCUGUUGGAAAUGAUUAUCAACCAAGCAGUGAAUGGUGUACCUCUUUCCAAAAUGCGGGGGCUUCAUCACAACUGCUUGAGGAUACAGCAGGGGUUCCAAAUCAAGUUAUUCCUGGUACACAGUUGGGAAUGCACCCUCCAAUUGACACUCCUCUCGGAGGAUUUGGAACACAUCUGCCAUUACGUAAUGCUCACCAAAUGGCCUCUCGGAUACAAAAUCAGCCUUUACAUGCUGAUCCACUUCAAAAUGAAUUGGAAAGGUUACGAAAAGAAACGGAUCAAGCAAUCAAGGCCCAUGAAGAUACGAAGUUGCGGCUGAAAUCUGAUUGCGACAAGGAGAUAGAGGAAAUUGUAGCUGAAAUUCGUAGGAAGUUUGAGGCUAAACUUCAGGAUGCUGAGGCAUCGUUUUUGCUGAAAAAGAAGGAACUUGAUGCAAAUCACGGAAAAGUUCUCAUGAAUAAGAUAUUGGCUGAGGCUUUCCGGUCCAAGUGCCUAGAUCUUAGGCCUUCUGGGGCCUUGGGAAUACAGCAAGUUGUGCCUUCCAGUUUCUUGCAGCAUCUCCAACUUCUAGCAUCACAGACUGCACCAAGACCUUCCCCUGUUACUGGUUCGGCUUCUACUGUACCAGCUGCCGCCAGCCAGCAGACUACAGCACCACUGCCACAGGUUGUCCAUCAUUCAUCGGCACUUUUCUCGAGCAUGCCAACUAGGCCCCCUCAUAUUGUCCCCAUUACCCCUCCUACUGGAAACUCCCAAGUUGUCGGUGAAAUACGUGCCCCAGCUCCACACCUUCUACCAUUUAGACCUUCGUCGUCCAUGUCCGCAACAAGUAUUCCCUCACUCCCACGGGGGUUGCCAAGUCAACAUGCGCAAAGAAAUCUUCCUACAAUUUCCCCCUUAGUUCUCCCAGUUUUACCCCGACCACCACCACCACCCCAGCAUGAAAUCAGCGGAAGGUUGCCAAGUCUUCAGAACUCAUCUCCACCUGUGGCAGGGAUGGUUGUUGACAUUGAUAGCCAACCUUGUGAACAUCCACCCAACGUUUUGCCGCCUCUACCAAAUUUGGGUUUGAAAUUUGGUUUGCUUGACCUAUCACAAUUCGGAGCACCAGGUAGCGAAGGAGUUAGUGAGAGGGUUAACUUGGCUGCCACUUCAGGUGUAGUGACUGACGUUGUUUGUGUAUCGGAUGAUGAUGACUAACUUGUUAGGAAUGUUGUAAAGUUUCCAAUAUAGCCUGGCUCAGGUUGUGGGGGGCUUGCUCAGGAGAAAGGGCUUUUGAAGUGGAUAUCUGGGAAGAGGCCAAGUGUGCCAAACUUUGCCCUAAAAAAAUUGCUGCUGUAUAUGGUCAAUGCUUCUUUUUUUGUUCUAACAUAUGUUGUACAAAUUUAUUUUUUUUUCUCCCUUUAUCGUCUUUUUUAAAUAAAUUACUUUGCCUCAUUGUGGA